ACUGAGAGCAAGGAGCAAAGCUGGUAUUGGAACCUAUUCCGGAAAAAUUGCAAUGGGCAGAAUAACACUUAUGGUACCCAUUUUUUGUUUCUUCGUUGUAUUAGCGUCCUGCCACUUCAGGGGAAGAAGAAGUGGUAUAUCUGAUCAAAGACUGGCAGAAAUAGAAACUUUGCUGGCCAUAGAGAAUAGUCAAAAGGGCAACAAUAAUGUUGCUUAUGGAGUCAUCGAUCCCAUGGCCUUAGGCAAGAGGAAACGCAGCUACGACAAAGAUAUUAUGCCCGUGGAGCUGGAAAAUUUUCCAGUGGAGUAUCUUCGUGAAUCGAGAUUGAAGUUACCCUAUUUCAGGCAUGAAGUUCUAGCGUAUCCUCGACGACUUCCAAGCAGGUUAUACAACAUAUUCAGACCUAAUGAUUUGGAAAACGGAGAUUUGCAGACUGAUGACGAUUUAUCGAAGUAAAAGAAGAACAUUUUGACGAGAAGAUGAUCUAUGAAAUAAACUUUUCAGAGUUUUCAUUCCACGGUACUUCUACAAUUCCUUGUCAAAUAAUAUUCCCUUUUCAUAUUUUAUAUUUCUUCAAAGAACUUGCAUUUCUUUUCCUGCCGUUACAAUGAAGGACUGUGAUAUACUUCAAUGUAUAUAUCUAACACCAAAUUAACUCACAAAACGCCAGCACUCUUCGUAUUACAUUUUAUGCUGCUUCUGGUUUGAAUUAAAAUAAAAUAGUUUUUUCAACUGUA